GGUGAGAGCGGACAAAUAUUUUAGCGAUAGACAUUUUUCUUCAAAAUUGAAAAAAAAAACUGAAUGUUUCAGAGCUUUACCAGUGAUUAAAAUACAGAUAAUAGACAGAAUAAUUCAUGUGUGAAUAAAAGAUAAGAAAAUGGUUACUAUCGGAGUGCCGGUUUUUCUACUAGUGCUGCUGGGGUCCAGGAGUGGUUACACGCUUCCCCAGCGUUACGCGUCAGGAGAUGAUUCCGCUGGUUCGCGAUUCAAAUGCUUUGAGUCGAGUCCUUCGGGCGAUUGUAGCUGCAUGAACACAAAUUCGGACUACGAAAUCCAGUGCCCGGUGUUAAACCCGGAGAUUAUAAUGAAAAUCAAGCCGGACAUGUAUGCUCAAGUGCAGUGCUACGAAAAGUCGGAUUUCAGUGACCUUCCGGUUUUGAAUGUUGGCAACACUACACAGGUGAAGAUUAUCCACUGUCCGCUUCAGCAAGAUAAGUCUAUAAUGGAACUAAUACAAUUUCUUGGUGUGAAACAUGUCGAAGAUUUCUGGUAUCAAAGCUACGGGAAAGAUUUCGGCGUCCAGUUGAUGCGUCACCACUUUAAAGGCAUGCUCGAGCUGGAAAAACUAUUCAUCAGUUCCGGAAUGAAAAAUGUGCAAGCGGAUAUUUUCGAGGAGCUUCCGAACCUAAAAUGGCUUGUUCUCCGUAGCAAUCAGGUGAAAGUUCUCGGCACCAUCUUCGAGAAGCUGCCACAUUUGGCUGUACUGGAGCUUGGAGCCAAUCAGAUCAGUGAAAUCAGACCAAGUGUAUUCAAGAACCAGCGUAAACUGCGCCAUUUGAAUUUAUGGCGCAAUGAUCUCCGUAAUAUCAGCAAAGAACUGUUCGAGGGCGCAGAUGCCUUGCAGGAGCUCGAUCUGUCUGUCAAUUCAAUCGAAACAAUUAGUCACGAUGUGUUUUCGCUUCUCCCAGAGCUUACCGCGCUCAACCUCGGAUUCAAUCGGUUCAGAUCCAUUCCGGAAAAAUUGCUGUCGGGAAACGCAAAACUCAGCGAGUUUAAAUUGAUCAACAAUCAAGCCCCACUGGAAAUCCUCCCCGGAAAGCUCCUCGGAGACCUUCGUCAGCUGAAAACGGUAAUCGUAAGUCGCUGUAGCUUAGCUAGUUUACACACGAAUUUGUUUCGUGGUUCUAUCGAGAUCACCGACUUAGAUCUGAGCUACAACAUGCUGAGUUAUCUGCCAGAAAUGUUGCUCUACGAUCAGAUCCAUCUUCAAAAUCUUGACCUAUCCUUCAAUGAACUGGAAGCUCUGCCAGAGCGAUUGUUCGAAAGUAAUGCCGAUCUACUCACCCUUAGUUUAUCCUACAACCACCUGAACAAUCUGAGUGCGGGUCUCUUUGGGUCGCUUGCCAAGCUGACCGAACUCUAUCUGGACAACAAUAAUUUGCAUUCGCUAGAUCAAUUAACAUUCAUCAGUACGAGAUCUCUUGAGAGCCUAUAUAUGCAAAACAAUCGUCUUGAGUUGCACGAAACUGAUUUCGCCGAAGAAGGCAGUACUCCCUUCCAAUACAUGGAAAAUCUUCGUGUAUUGAACCUGCGUAACAACAGUAUCGCGUCGGUCUUUCGUGACUGGAACCAGAACAACCCACGACUGCACCAGCUUGACCUCAGCUAUAACGACAUCUCCUCACUGUCCUAUCUCGACCUUCAAUUCGCCUCCCAAGACAUCCGCGUCAAUCUUAGCCAUAACCACAUCUCGGAAAUUGAUCUGAAGGAAAUGGAACCGAUUAUAACGUCGCAGCGUGAGAAGCCAGGGGGCAAAAUACAGAUCGAUGUCAACGACAAUCCGCUGGAUUGUAACUGCGACAUUUUCGCAUUCGUUCGAUACCAGCUGAACGAGUUGGAUCCCAUCGUCUACAAACGUAUCCAAUUUUCCGCAAACAAUCUGCGCUGUAGCGAUCCCCAGGAGCUUCGAGAGGUUAAAGUCUCUGCUCUGGUUACCAAAAAUCUUCUCUGUCAUUUGGACCAGCAAGACGCAGAGCUCAAGCACUGCCCGGAGGAGUGUAGCUGUUUCGUGCGGCCUCUGGAUCGUCGAAUCAUCGUCAACUGUACCGGCAAGGGUCUCUCCAGGAUACCCGCACUUCCCCAGCCGGACAUUUUCGGAUACAACUUCAUAGAGCUGCUCGUUGAGAACAACAACAUCUCCGAGUUACCAACGGAGCGCUUGUCCGGCUACGCAAUGGUAGCGGAGUUGUAUGCGCGCAACAACGCAAUUGUUGACUUGCUACCGGAGAAUCUACCGCGCAGCAUGCGGGUAUUGGACCUAACACAGAACAAGCUCACGAGACUUAAUCAGUCGGUCGUGGAGGCGCUCAAUAGCAGCAAACGAUUGGUCAGUCUGCUACUUGCGAAUAACCGUUGGCAAUGUGAUUGCGACUCGUCACAAUUCUUGGACUUCAUUCAACGAAAUCACCGGAGAGCGGCGAAUAUUUCCCAGCUGUUUUGCGAGGACGGUCGUGCGUUCGUAUCAAUCACCACAAAUGAGCUAUGCGGCGACGGUGUGACUACGAUUAUAGUUGUCAGCAUUGCUCUGGCCAUCAUGGGACUACUGAUAGGGCUCUUGACUGCUGUAUUCUUCACGUACCGAGCGCACAUCAAGGUGUGGCUUUUCGCACACGAUUUGUGUUUGGGUUUAGUAUCGGAGGAGGAACUGGAUAAGGACAAGUUGUACGAUGCGUUCAUUUCCUACUCCCACAAGGACGAGCAAUUUGUCGCCGAGCAAUUGGUACCGACGCUGGAGAAGCAACCGAUGAACUUCAAAACGUGUUGGCAUAUGCGCGAUUGGACACCAGGUGAGAUGAUUACGACACAAAUCACCAGUUCGGUGGAAAAUUCCCGGCGAACCAUCGUCGUGCUGUCGAAAAAUUUCCUCGAAUCAAACUGGGCACAAACCGAGUUCCGAACGGCGUAUCUCAACGCAAUGGCCGACAAGCGGUACCGUGUUAUCGUUAUUGUUUACGGAGACAUUGGUGAUAUCGAAGACAUUGCCGACAGCGAACUUCGAGCAUACUUGAAGAUGACUACCUACGUCCGGUGGGAUGAUCCGUGGUUCUGGAAUAAGCUGCGCUACGCUAUGCCUCACCCUCCUGUAGUGAAAGGACUGAAGGGAAAGGUCAUUGCAAACACCCGAUUGAUGAGUUCGGUGGACGAUAAACUGGAGCUGAUUCCGACCACGCCUCCAUCGCUUAGGCUCCCGCUGGUAGAGAUGACGGGCACGAUAGGGAAAACAACAAACGGAGAUGUUAGUCUCGUUGAUGGUUUCCACCUGAAGGAUUACGUUUCGGGGCAUGUGAAUGGCGCAUUUGCAAUCAACAGCAACUCCAAGCAGAGUGACGUUUAGGCGAAAUUAUUUCGAGAAUAAAACAGAAAGUAGUUAAGAUCAAUCUAUUCGUAUGAAUCGAGUUUAUAUUGUUUCAGAUUCCCUUAUUUAUUAAAUUUCAUGUGUUACGAUUGUGUAUAAUAUUAAGAAUAGUAAAACGGGCAAUGAAAUCGCUAAACAUAA